AUGAAAUAAAGUGGACUAUUGCCGUAUUUCAAUUCUGAGUUCUCAAACUAAUAAACUCAGAAAGUAGAAAGGGAAAAAUCGAAAACCACUUCCUAAAAAUACUAACAUAAGGGAGAAGUGUAUUCUUUAAGUCCCUUGUAACUCACCUAAAAGUAUUUAUAAUUUAUAUUUGCAGUACAAUACCGGUUAACUAAAAAGAAUUCUAGGGAUAAGCCAAGAGUAACAAUUAAACAAAAUAAAAUUGCUCUGACACCUCUUUUCAUUAUUACUUAACCUAGACUUAAAUCAUAUAAACAACUAUCAAAGUAUUCAAUGAGAAAUAUAAGGUUAUGAAGAUUUUAAAAGAAAAUAAAUUGUGUCAAGUAAGUUUUAUAUUUAAAUAUUAUUAGAUUGUAUAAUGUAAAAAUAAAUAAACCAAAGAAUUAUUUAUAGCGAAAAUUUGUAUCAGGUGGCAAAAUGUAACAUUUUGUAGUAUUUUAGUCUUAAAUCGCCAGCGAAAUUGGAGUAUCCAAAACUUUACUAAAGUAGCCCCAUUCAAGUUUAAUGAAGUUAUAAGAAAUGUUUACUGACUAGGAUACACACAUCUUUAUAUAUGAGUAUAUGAGCGGAGGUACUCUAUUUGAAUACAUCCAAAAGAAGUAGCUUAAAUUAGAUGAAAAAGAGAUUAGAUCUAUAUUUAAAUAGCUCCUUAAAGCCUUAAAACAUUUACAUUCUCUUAAUAUUAUACAUAGAGACCUAAAAUUAGACAAUAUUAUGUUUAAAAAGAAAGGAGAUGUCAAAUCGCUAAAACUAAUUGAUUAUGGGUUUGCAACAUUUCUGUCAGACACAAAGAAUAUGGAAUUCAGAUGUGGAACUCCUGGUUAUGUUGCCCCAGAAAUCUUUUAAGAAUAGGUUUUAUACAACUAACUAUGUGACAUUUAUAGUUUGGGAGCUAUAGCACACAUCUUAGCGACUGGAAAGCGUAUAUAUUCUUAAAAUUUGACUUCAAAAGAAAUAUGUGAAUUUAAUAAACAAAACUAAUAUGAAAUCAGUGAGAAUCUCAAAUGUCCUUUGUUAUUAGAUCUCAUUACUUAAAUGUUAAAAGAGUUCAGUAAUAGACCAUCAGCUUAAGAUUGUUUAAUACAUCCUUAUUUUAUAAAACUAUCUUAAUUAAAGUAGUCUUAAGAACGCAUAAAUUAAUAGUAAGUAUAUUGAUUAAUUUUAGAAUAUAUAAUCUUGUCUUUCCAUAAUUUAAAAAUCCUUUUCAAUCUUUUGAAUAAUGUAAAUGA